GAUCGCGGCGGCAAUCGAUUAUCUCGGCUUGCCUUACCCCCCCACCUCCCCCGCCGCCCGGUUAGACGCACCAGCCCGGGGGCGGGUGCCGGGGGAGUAGAGGGAGGACACGCGUUGCUGUGGGUAGGCGGGCACUGCUAUCGCCUCCGGCCCGCUCCUCGGCGAGGGCGGGCGCAGCCCAUUCCUCAGGGAGACGGGAAGGGGGCACGGCUAACGCCACGCGUGUCCUUCCGCCCACUCCCCACCCCGGUCCCGCGUGGCUGUAGGCUCCCGCUGCUUUUCCUGCGUGCCCGCCCCAGCGAGCAGGGCGUCCCGGGGCCAUGGAGCGGGCGUUCACGCCGCUGGACUGCCUCCUGCCCGCCGGAAACCUGAAGUUUUGCCUUCUGAUUCUGAACCAGCCUUUCGACAAAGGUCAUUUUCAUUGUCUGUGGAGCAAAGCUGCGCUGAGAGCUUGUGCUGACGGAGGUGCCAAUCGUCUCUAUCACUUCACAGAAGGAAGCCAGGACAGCUUCUUGCCUGAUUACAUCAGUGGUGAUUUUGAUUCCAUUCAGCCUGAAGUCAAGGAGUACUACAAGGUCAAGGGAUGCGAGUUAAUUGAGACCAUGGAUCAGGACCUCACAGAUUUCACCAAGUGCCUUCAGAUACUCCAGAAAAAGAUAGAGAAGAAGGGCCUCCAGAUUGAUGUGAUUGUGACUUUGGGUGGACUUGGAGGACGCUUUGACCAAAUAAUGGCAUCAGUGGAAACGCUUUUCCAUGCAACAAAUAUCACUCCAUUUCCAGUGAUAGUUCUUCAGGAGUGCUCACUGAUUUACCUGCUUCAACCUGGCAAGCACAAGCUGCAUGUAGACACGGGACUGGAAGGUGCCUGGUGCGGCCUUAUCCCCGUCGGGAGCUCCUGCGAGAGCGUGACCACGACAGGCCUCAAGUGGAACCUCACUAACCAGGUGCUGAAGUUUGGAACGCUCGUCAGUACUUCCAACACCUAUGACGGCUCUGGGAUUGUGACCAUUGAGACGGACAAGCCUUUGCUGUGGACAAUGGCUAUCGAAAUAUAAAAUGAGCUACAGCUGCCUUUUCUGAUGUGACUCAGAUCAAAUUACUGCAAAAGUUCGCUGAAUUAAGACAGUAAAGCUGUUCCGCAAGAUAUAAGCAGGCACGUGAUUUUAUGUACUGAAUGGAAAACAUGCCUGAAAUAAAAAUCACUUGAGAUCAAAUGCAGAUUAGUAACAGUAAUUGAGUACUUCUGGUACCUCACACUACUUAAUCAGAAGACACAUGAGGUGCCACCCAAUACAAUCACAAACAGAAGCGAAUGCAAAGAAACUGCUACUGCUUAGUCUGGUUACUUCAGACUAUUUUUACGAAGUAUUUUAUUCCAAUACUGAACGAUUUUUUUCCCCUUUUGCCAAAAGUUGCACAUAGUGUAACUAUAUUAAAAGGUGAUAGCACCGAGAGUAGUUAAUCUCAUUUUUCUGUCCUGGUUUGUAACAUACGUAGGUGCUGGGGAAGAUUUCUCAAGACUAAUAAUUGAGCUUUUCUACUUAUGAAGCAAGCUUGCAUACUGAAGAAGCUUCGGUUUUGCUGUAAUACCAAUAUCAGAUUUCCCUGUAUUAAGUGCUUUUAAAGUCUGUAAUAGAAGUAGCAUUGUAACUUCUGCAAAUACCAAAUGCUUACAAUAAACUUUUUGGAGUGAAAUAUAAA